AAUUUUGGCGGACCACCUUAUGUAAUACGUUAUACGUGUUAGUAAAUAUGUUGACAAUAUACUCAAAAAACGAAGGUGGUGAUAUUUGUAUUUGUUUGUUGGCCAUCAAACGUUCCUAAUUUGGAGAUAUGGUAGACAGUGAUACACUUAACGUGUUUCUUACAUCCAGCCAACUUCGAUAUUUUGUUUCUGCAUUUGUUAAUAUUGAAAAACCCGGCCUCACAUUGAUAGAUUUACGAUCGCGAAGGGGAACAAUAAAGCUUCUGUUGCCAUGUCUGGGUAUUAUAUGAUGUUUGUUUAGCAAUACCUAAUUUUAUUACCCGAUGUAAUAACUUUAUGAUUAUCAUAAAGUAGAGAUUUAGCACUGACUAAGUACAACACACUGAAAUAGACAAAUAGUUCAUAUCACUGCUUUGUUUACAUUGGGUCAAGUUUAGUUUAUUUAAUUUCGUAAAAUAUCGCUCGGGCCACAUGUGGACAGAGGGCGGUGGGUUGGACGACCCUGUUAUAGAUGAAAAAUCCAGACUUCUACGGUUAGAUAUACUAAUAAUAACAGGAUAUUGCUAUAGGAUGUAUUACAGAUCGUGUGAUCGCUUGUCCUCAACUUGUGCUGCACGAAAAUUGUGAUUACACUAAGUAAUAAUAGGUAUAAUACUGAGGAACGAGUAGUACGGUAGCGUGCUAGUUUUUCCUCAAGGAGCGUACGCUGAUUGUCCAACAACAAUAGCUGAGUGGAAUCGACUAAUAAGAAACUUCUCGAAAAACAAAAACGUGAUUCUGAGCUCUCAUUGCCUUUGGUGGAUAGUUUAAAAAGAGGAAAUUGAAAUCAGGGUUGUAUACUAUCACGUUUUGUGGCGUUUACUUAUCUGUGGAAUCGGUAUAAUUCAGUCAGACAGAAUGCUUGGCGAGGGAAAUGAAUAUUAUAGAUAGUGCUAUAUUACCUGCAUUCUAUAGUAUUUAAGUUUAGUUUCCAACGAUGUACUUCGGCUUUAUAAUUCUUAAACAGAAUCUAACAUCAGGGAUAGCGAACAUUCUUUACUGAAUAGGCCGUGCAUUAUAUUUUUAUAAUGAAACAGAAGAAUAUAGGUCAUAGAUUUAAUAAAUGAGAUACUGGUAUCAGAACUGGUAUUCGACUUUAACCAAUUAAUUCACAUUGUAGUUGAAAACCGCAAAGCCUUAACAUCGGCUUAAUUAUAUUUUAUUUCAAUGUGCCAUAUACGGAGGGGGACUUUCGAAUGGCGGUUGGCACAAUACACCGAUAUCCUUUUCCUAUGUAAUAAACGUUGAGACAGUGUUGUUGCUGGUAGCUUGAUAACACCGGUAUACCGCAACAACUACUAUUAUAGUAUAUAUAUAUAUAACUUAAUUUUAGAUUGAAUUGAAGUCAGCCGUAUCACAAUUUUUCACUCAACGAAAUGUUAUCGCCUUUUUCGCAACAAUUCGUGCGUAACUUGAAGGUUCGCCGAAAAUAUAUAACCCCUCUGUCCAGGGAUUUGCCUACUUUUGUGUUACAUGUGCAAUAAUCCGCGGUUGAGAACCACCAGCAUUUUAGUGUAUUUUUUCUACGAGACUGCUUUUUAUGAUAAUUGUUGAAUUUGACCCGAGGCGGUUCUUAGUUACGCUUACAAUUUGCCGCGUUCGGCAGUUGACAAGAACAGUCGUAUUUGAACGAGUAUUUGUCUAUCAUAGAUGUGCAUACAAAAAUGAAAAGUAGCAAAAUUUGCAACAACAUUGUAGCAUUGAUUUGUUUAGUACUCGUUCUGUCGCGCUCAGAGAGUAUGUUAGCUGGAAAGUCAGAUCAUGUUGAAAAUUCGAAAGCACCAUUCAGGUGUUUGAGAAAAUGUUUAUGCUCGGGGGAUAUGGAAACAAUACUUUGUGAGUAUUCCCCACCUGAUAUUAUCAAGCAUUUUCAAGCAAAAUUGGGAGCUGCAAAAAGGUUAUCAAUCCGGAACUCCAAAAUCGAUCAGCUUUACAAUGACACUUUCAACAAUAUGCUGCUGAUGGCUGAGCUCACGAUAACCAGAUCUUAUAUGUAUGGCAUUGCCGAAAAGAGCUUGCAACAAUUCCCACGUCUUACCCACCUCGAUCUGUCUUUCAACAAGAUCGAAAUUGUGGGUAAACCCGUAUCAUUUAUGGAUAAGCAUUUCAAUUGGGCAGUCGCUCAUCUUCCAAACUUCAUGACGUCAAAAUUACUACGGUAUGUCGAUUUGUCCGGAAACAGUAUUCGGCAUAUUUCACAGGAACAGCUGUAUGGAAUGAAAUAUGUACAACACUUAAAUUUAUCAAGUAACAACAUUCUUCGUAUUGACUCAGGAUAUACUCUCUUAAUGGGACUAAAAGAACUUGAUUUGAGUUAUAAUCGGAUCACGGAGGUCGACGUUAAGUUUGGAGCAUCCCAACUGUUACUAGAAGAAUUAUACUUGUCGCACAAUUAUAUACGUAAAAUACCAACGUUGGAAUAUUUCAGCUGUGCACAUCUGGAACGUAUGGAUGUUUCGUUUAACGACUUGCAUGAAAUUAUGUCAGUGGGAAUAUCACACUGCUCAAAUAUCAAGUAUCUUAAUUUGGAAAAUAACAAAAUAUCGUUGAUUAAAGAUUCCGAUUUUCAAUUCCUUACUGAACUCGAAAUACUGAAUGUUGCACGGAAUCAAAUAAAAUCUAUUCAAAACGGCAGUUUCGAUUUUAACUCAAAACUUCAAGAAUUAUAUAUCAGUGACAAUUCAAUCACGCAUAUUGAUGAUUUCACAUUUUUCGGAUUAAAAUCAGCAACAAUUAUGGACUUAUCAAAAAAUCGUAUCACUUUUGUCGCUGAAAAUACUUUCAACAGAAACGUGUGGCUUUGUUAUUUAUAUCUCCAUGGUAAUAAAGUACAUCACAUUGCCCCGAAAACAUUCAAAAAUUUGCCCCUUUUGCGAAUAGUGAACUUGAGCGAUAAUUUACUUACUACGCCGUACUCAUCGUGGUUUUUAUCUCCCAGUGGAGAGUUCUACUUUAAUGUAACAGCACUCAAAGUGGAAGAAAGAAUUCGCACGACAACUGCAACUUUCCUAACGUCUGGCAAUAAUUGGAUGUGUGAUUGCAGUACAAAAGAUUUCCACAGGUGGGCGUUAGGACAAACCAAUUCGAGUGGACAGGCUACUGCUUCGCCGAGAAUAGUCUGUUAUUCUCCCAGUUUCCACAGCGGAAAGAAUUUACUAAAACUUGAAGCGGCCAAACUUAGCUGCGAUACCAUGUUUCAUGCCAAAUAUUUUAUACUUUAUCACAAAAGAUAUUUUUUAAUGUCUACUUUAAUUAUUUUGACAUUGGUUGCGUAUUUACGAAAAGCCGCGUUGGCAAAAAGAAGGUUUCAUAAUUUAUAGCGUAUAAAUUCUUGAGUUGUUAUGUACAAUUGCAUGUCAAUCGAGUGACUCUUAUGUUAUUAAGCAUUGAGUAUAUAUUCUAAUUUCGAAAUUUUACUUUUUCAAUAACGUGAUAUUAUUUGUAUUGUAUUUUUUACCUUGUUCAAUUCAGCAGUGCAAUAUUCUUGUUUUAUUAUAAUUUAUUCAUUUCGUAUUUAAAUUAAUAUUAAAGUAUAUAUAGUUAAUAUCAAUGAAGGUAAAAUGCUUAUCCAAACUCUUACUAAAACGCGGGAAAAGCAACAGACUUGUGUGUGAAUAAUUCCAUUAUAUAUAAAAGCAAUCCAUGUACUUUUAUUUAUUGAAUUAAUUUAUUUCAAACAAAACAACAAAACAAAAAUGUAGAAAUAGUAUUAUACAUGUUAUUGUUAACAAUAAUAACUGAAAGUAGUCUUAACAUUGUGUUGUAAUAAUCAUAUAAAGCGACAAGCAUCUAUGCAGUAUAAUUAUAUCUUCCAUCUGCAUUCGGUUGGAUAAUUUUCUGGUA